AUGGCCACAAUUGAGCUCCUGGUGGCAGAUGUGAGCUGUUUGAAACAGAUCAAGACCAAACUGGAGCGCAAAAGCGCUUUUGUCAAGCCAAUUGUAAGCGAAAACGGGCUCAAACUGGUGAAAACAAGUUUGAUCAAAGAAGACCCACUAGUUAAAGAACUUCUUUCAACGUAUGGAGACAUUAUCACCGUUAGGGAGCAGAUUGGUGACACUGCAGAGGCUUGUGAUAGGCCUAAUGACCGUUUGUCUGAGUUUGCAAGCAAGUUUUUGAGGAAUACCGGAACUUCUGCAGAAGAGAUGGAGUCCUUACUGCAACACAUUCCGGUACGGUAUUCGCUUUACAGUCCACUAGUAUUGUUUAACAACUCUACAGAACGCAGCUUCUUGCAUUCCGAGUGGCAAGAGGCUCUUGCAAAACCGGAAAACGCAGGUUUUAUGCGGCGCAUGUUGCAGGAGCUUUUCCCCAAAUUCACCCAUGUGGCUACGAACCAACCCAUUGUCGACUACGAUGAGAUGCGUCGGCCAUUUCACAUCAUUUCGCUCGAGGGGGUACUUUUCCAGGGCAUAAUCCAGUCGCGGGUCCAGGAAACGCCCACUACACGCGAUUUUGACGCUUCUGUCUGGUGCCAUGUGGUUCAAAAUGGGAUACACCAGGUUUGGUCGCCAGUUUUCACAAUGUUCAGUCGCGGCAAUAUCAAGGAAAAGAAACGGAUCUUGGACAUCGCGGCAUACCCGGACGUUGCGGGCAACGACGUGGUCGAUAUGUACGCCGGGAUUGGCUAUUUUACACUGAGCUAUCUCAAACGUGGUGCAUGCCGCGUCUUUUGUUUCGAGCUUAAUCCGUGGAGCACCGAAGGCCUUAAGCGUGGCGUAGCCCUCAACAACUUUCUGGGUCAAUGCCAUGUAUUCCAAGAGUCCAACGAGAACUGUCUAGAGCGACUAAAGCAAUUCCAAACGGUACGAGCUCGUCAUAUAAAUUUGGGUCUUUUGCCUAGCAGUCGACAAGGAUACCCAUGGGCUCUUCGGAUAGCCAAAAAAUAUGGCGCAGACCCUGUAAUUACGCUUCACAUUCAUGAAAAUAUUCACGUCGAUGAUAUUGCCAGUGGUGCGUUCGUUCGCAACACAUUAAGCUUAUUGCAUGAUAUCGAACCCGAUUUCCGUUACACCUCGACACACCUCGAAAAAGUUAAAACGUUUGCGCCGGACAUUUGGCACUGCGUUCUCGAUAUUGACCUUACACGAGACCAAUACAACCCGUAA